AUGUGGAGACUUCAAAACCUGCUCUUCACCCUCUGCAUUGCUCUGGGAUGUGUGACCGGUGCAGGAGGGGUGAUACUUGUGACGGGAUAUGUGGGGGGGAAGGUAAAUGUUUCCUGCACCUAUGGUCACGGUUAUGAGUCUUAUGAGAAGUACCUGUGUAAGGAUGUCUGUGGUGACAAUGAUGUUCUUAUUACAACAUCGCAACAAAAAAAACCCAAAUACUCAGCCUGUGAUGACAAAAAGGCACGAACCUUCACAGUGACCAUCUCUGAUCUUAAAUCUGAGGACGCUGGGAAAUACUGGUGUGGAGUGACCAGAACGGGACAAGAUAUCUACACUGAAGUGAAGCUGAAAUUAGCACCAGGUAAAUAA